CACCCAAUUUUUGUUGAAAUUCUUACUGGUUUUAUAUACAAGUAAGAUAAUAUUUUAAUUAACAUUUGCUAUUAAAAUCUUCUUAGAUACUCCUUACGGCGAGGACUCUUGUGAUCGUACUAGAAAUGUUGAUUUUAAGGAAAUUAUGGCGUUGGCAGGCUAAAAAAAGUUGAUUCGGUUUAGUAGUGGAGGUUCUGAAAGUUGUUGAAAUUUGGGGAAAUGAAGACUUUUAGCAUGUUAAAAUUGUUUUUGGGAGUUCAUCACUACAAUGGCAACAAUGUAGACUUGGGAACAGCAGGUGGAAAAUACUACAGAGUAUGCUGCCUAGGCAUUAUUGAUCCAGGUGACUCUGAUAUCAUUAAGAACAUGCCUAGUGAACAUGGAGGAUCCCAUGAUCUGCAUCAGGUCUUAGAUUUUGGUGACACAGCGGUGGUGUUCAAGGAAUUUGUUACUGGUUAUGAUGAUGAUUUGACAUGCAGAUGCCCUUAAGCUUCUAUGGUCGAGAGGCCCACUGUUUUCCUAGUAGUUGCAAUUUUCUGUUCAACCUUGCAAAGUGGCGGUGUAACCUUCUUUUCCCCUAUGUUGCUUUCUUGUUUCUUUUUUUCAAGGGAUGAUGUACCUUAGGACUUUAUUAGGCUCAGGUUUUUCCUU